GCAGGACUUCCGGUAAAAAAAAAAUAGCUAUCCGGAAAUCUGCACUCUUGUGUCUUGAGAAAACAAAUGGCAGGAAUGAAACUGUCGAAAUGAAGUUCGUUUGAUAAUAAAAACAAUCCAAAUUAAAGUGUGACGACGAUACAUUAUUUCAUCUUCACUUGCUUAUUGAUCCUGCAUAUUGUCAUCGAAGAGGUUAGUGAAACGAAGGAAGAAAUGGCUGCAGAGACCGAAUUCUACGUUAUGAAACUGGAGAUUGACAGGGAAGGUAUGAACUGAAGACCAGCGCUUUCAUCCCCUGACCAGCUCACCUACCUCCUGUCAAAGAUGAAUCCAGCUCUCCCUCAAUUUUUCCCUCAUACCUUAUACAUAUUCCUUGUCUUUUUUUGACUCAAGCUUUACCUAAUUAUGUUAACCUGUUUGUUUUCAUUACUUUAAUACAAUAUUUAAACUAACCAAUUAACCUCUCCACAUGUCCUUCUUGUGUUCUGCAUUCCUUUGUCACAACUUAUUUACAAACCCAGUCUUCCUAACUUCCUUUCCCUCGUAAGUUGUUUGUGCCAUGCUCCGUAAGAGAGGUUCUGCUAUUCUCUGUGGUGCUUUUCUCUUUGUCGCCUGGAAUGUCGUUGUGGUCCUCUAUCUGUGGGGCCGACCCCUGUCUGGUCGAGAGGAGAGGGAGAUGGAUGGAGGACGAGGAGGGGCUGAUUUGGCUGGGGAUGUGAUCCACAUGGCAGAAGCCUUUGAGGCAGAGCUUGAAAUGCAGAGAAAAAUCCUGCUUCAGAUACAGGGUCAUCGGUCACUAUGGGAACAACCCAAUGAGAAUGGCGCCAGCAGAGGUGGCCCCCCUCAAGUGGUCAUUCCCAUAUUGGUUAUAGCCUGCAACAGAGUUACUGUUAAACGCUGCCUGGACAAACUCAUAGAGUACCGCCCCUCAGCUGAACUCUACCCAAUUAUAGUCAGCCAGGACUGUGGGCAUGCGGAGACUGCACAGGUGAUUGGUUCUUAUGGCAGUCAGGUAACUCACCUGAAACAACCAGACCUGUCAGAUAUUGCCGUGAGACCAGAACACAAGAAGUUCCAGGGCUACUACAAAAUCUCCAGGCACUAUCGCUGGGCUCUCAACCAGGUGUUCAACUAUCUUUCUCAUUCCUCUGUUGUUAUUGUGGAAGAUGAUUUGGAGGUGGCACCAGACUUCUUUGAGUACUUCAGAUCCCUUCACCCAAUCCUGAAAUCUGACCCGUCUCUGUGGUGUGUGUCUGCCUGGAAUGACAAUGGUCGGGACGGCUACGUCGACCCUGAUAAAGCAGACCUCCUGUACAGGACAGACUUCUUCCCUGGGCUGGGCUGGAUGAUGAUCAAGGAACUUUGGAUAGAGCUGGAGCCCAAGUGGCCUGGUGCAUUCUGGGAUGACUGGAUGCGUCAGCCAGAUCAGCGCAGAGAUCGAGCCUGUAUUCGACCCGAAAUAUCCAGAACUUUAACCUUUGGACGGAAAGGUGUGAGCCUAGGCCAAUUUUAUGACAAAUACCUACGCUACAUUAAACUGAAUAGUGAAUUUGUGCCUUUCACCAAGCUGGAUCUGGCUUACUUGAAGGAGGAGAAAUACAAGGAGAUCUUUGAGAAACAGGUUUACAGUGCUCCUUUGGUCAAAUAUGAAGAGGUCCAACGGGGACAGUUAAAAGGAUCGGGUCCAUUUUGUCUACACUACUCAAGCAAAGAUGGUUUCAAAGUGUUGGCCAAAAACCUGGGUGUGAUGGAGGACUUGAAGUCAGGGGUCCCACGGACAGGGUAUCGGGGAGUGGUCAGUUUCCUGUCAAGGGGAAGAAGAAUCUUCCUGGCACCCCCUCCGGGAUGGAGCAAGUAUGACCCAACCUGGAGUUGAUGACAACCACAAAGGACUGAAGAGGAAAGAGCUCUGCACAUUACAGAUAAUACUAUGGCAACAUAAGUGAGUCCAAUGAAUGCCAGAUGUGGACCUGGCUUUAAGCUAUAGUGAGAUUAUGAGAUGCCUAUCCUCUCUCUUCCAUUUCUGAUGUUUGAUUUUUCUCCCCAUACUCUCAGGAUUUUUCAUACUCUCAAAUAAAUAUAUUUUUGCAAUGUGGGGUUGGGAUAGUAGGGUUGGUACCGAUGUCAUUAUUUUCAGAGAUUUAUUUUUUAUAUACUCUAAUCAUGCACAUGAAAUUCAAUGCAACAUCCACUUUGAUUAUUCUCAGUCUUGUAAGCAAUUUCUGGGAGACUAUCUUUUACUAAUCUAUGUCAUAUGAAAAAUAUAUUAUCUGUGGUGUGUUCAAUAAUGGUGGUGGUCAACUAGUGAUUGGUCCUAAAGUAUAAUUGCUUCACAAUAUUUAGUUAAUCUUUUGGAGAACUGUUUUGACUAUUUUAACCUGGUUAUAAUAAUGCUUAAUGUUUUUCCCAAAGAGACAGCUACUGAAGUGUGUAUUUAUUUAAAUGCAAGAUACACAUCACAAAUGCUGUAUGUUAUGUACUUAAGGAAUUAAAUUCUACCAAUCGA